CCAUGUGAAUAAUAAGAUUUGACAACGUUGUUCCUAAAAAAUAAUAUUUGAAUUUGAAAUACAACCUAAUUGCGACAAGAAUCUGGAGAUAAGUGCGAAUAAUGAUCAAAACUUGAGCAACUGCGGUCAUUCGUUUCAAUCAUGGCAUCAAACGAGAGUAAGAAACAAUUAAUUAAGGAUAAUAUUAAAUCCUACCCGGAUUUUCCAAAACCAGGUGUGAUCUUCAGGGAUAUUUUUUCUGUUCUACAAAAUCCCGAGAUCUUUGCUGUUCUCAAAGAUUUAUUGAUCUACAGUGCAAAGUCUUUUGCUGUUCGUCCAGAUGUGGUUGUUGCAUUGGACUCUAGGGGUUUUCUGUUUGGAACACUAGUAGCUCUAGAUUUACAAAUUCCUUUUGUACCAAUAAGGAAAAAGGGUAAACUGCCAGGCCCCAAGAAGACAGCGGAGUAUUCUUUAGAAUAUGGAACUGAUACUCUGGAAAUAUCUACAGAUGCAAUAGAGCAAGGUUCUAAUGUUUUAAUUGUUGAUGAUUUAUUAGGAACUGGUGGAACUCUACAGACAGCCUGUUCGCUUGUAAAAGAUGUUGGCGGUAAUGUUUCAGGUUGUCUUGUAGUGAUUGAAUUGAAAGAAUUUAAUGGUAGGGCGAAAAUUAAAUGUCCUUUAAUGAGUUUGGUACAAUAUUGAGAACAUUAAAGUAGGGAAACAAAGGACACAAGUACCCAUUCAUUUUUCCUUUAUAAAGAAUAAUUUAUACUGUAUUAUUUUUUGAAGAAUCAAACAUCAACAAAGAUGCAGGUGUACUUUCUGCUUUUGUUUCAUAACCCGAAAUAAGUUUAUGAUCUUGAUGCUGGUAAAAAUGAAUGGUUAUUUUUGAAUUGUCUCAGUUUUCUCAAAUUUUAUGUUGAUAUUAAAUAUACCUACUCUGUGAA